UGUAAUUUUAAUAGUUUAAUUUAUUAAAUUUUUAGUUAAUGUGUUUUUACUUUGAUUUUUUAUUUUAUAGACGUAUAAUUUAAGAUUUGUGUAACUAAGACUCUGGAUCAAUCAUAGAACAUAAUUCCAAUUAAACAACAAAAUGAUUAAUGAAAAUUGGGAAAAAAUUGAAAACAUCAAGGAGAAAAUGCAUAAAGUAAAUGAUGAUCAUGCGCAUACAAUUUUAAAGAUAAAAAAGAGCGACACUGGACAGAUAUAUCGACUGAAGACUCGUUAUAAUUUUAAAGCACAAAGACGAUGUGAAAAAAUAAGAGAACAACAACAAUUAAAUACAAAAGUUAAUCUGGUUCCCCAAGACAUAAUACAUAAAAUUUUGAACAUAAAGAAAAUAUCCGUUGAAGAGAAAUAUCGUCUGAUGACUAAUUGCAAAAUUAAAGCACAAAGACUAAUUGAACAAAUAAGAGCGCAACAACGAUUUGGUAUGAAAGGUAAUCUUUUUUCCCAAAGAAAGGCAACAGAGAAAUAUAUUGAAGAAAACAAACAGAGGAAAUUGGAAAAAAUACAACAAGAACAAAAGGAUGAAUUAAAACCUGCCUUUAAAUUAGAAUUCGACGGUAGAGAUUAUUUUAAUGAUAAAAUAGAUAUUAGAUCACCAAAGAAAUUGGAAUCAAUUCUGAUGUCAAGUUCCAGUCAAAUCACUGACCAAAAACCACAGACCGAAUUAAAAAAUAUCCCUAAAUUAGAAUUCGACGGUAGAGAUUAUUUUAAAGAUAAAAUAGAUAUUAGACCACCAAAGAAAUUGGAAUCAACUCUGGUGUCAAGUUCCAGUCAAGUCACUCACCAAAAACCACAGAGCGAAUUAAAAAAUACCCCUAAAUUAGAAUUCGACGGUAGAGAUUAUUUUAAAGAUAAAAUAGAUAUUAGACCACCAAAGAAAUUGGAAUCAAUUCUGGUGGCAAGUUCCAGUCAAGUCACUCACCAAAAACCACAGAGCGAAUUAAAAAAUACCCCUAAAUUAGAAUUCGACGGUAGAGAUUAUUUUAAAGAUAAAAUAGAUAUUAGACCACCAAAGAAAUUGGAAUCAAUUCUGGUGGCAAGUUCCAGUCAAGUCACUCACCAAAAACCACAGAGCGAAUUAAAAAAUACCCCUAAUUUAGAAUUCGACUGUAGAGAUUACUUUAAAGAUAUGAAAAAGAUUAGAACACCAAAGAAACUGGGAUCAAUUCAGGUUUCAGAUUCCACUGGAGAUAGUGACCAAGAACAACAGAGUAAAUUAAAAUCUGGUCCUAAAUUAGAAUUUGACGGUAGAGAUUACUUUAAAGAUAAGAAAGAGAUUAGAACACCAAGGAAACUGGGAUCAAUUCAGGUUUCAGAUUCCACUCAAGAUAGUUACCAAGAACAACAGAGUAAAUUAAAAUCUGGCCCUAAAUUAGAAUUCGACGGCAGAGAUUAUUUUAAAGAUAUGAAAGAUAUUAGACCACCAAAGAAACCAAUUCAAAUUUCAAGUUUCAGUGAAAAUAAUUACCAAGAACAAGGAGGAGAAAACAGGAAAGGCAAGCUUGACCUAGAAUUAUUAAUAAAGAAGCUGAAAUCACUUCAGAUAUUCCAUUAUAGACAAUUACCAAGUAUUAAUCAUAAAUUUAAGAAACCUUCUUUUACUAAGAACGUGAUGUUCAAUAAAGCAGGCAUCAUUAUUUAAGGUUGUUCCACCCCUGUAAUAAAAUACAGAAAUAGAGAAAGUGGCCCUUGACGACGUUUUUUGAGGAACGGAAUUAUUUAAAUUUUAUAAUAAUGUUUAGAUUUACAUUUGUGUUGUAAAAUAUGUUACAAAAUAAAUAGAUUUUUAAUUUGA